AAAUUCUAGUGACGAAGAACUAAACUUAAACUAUGAAUUAAAUAUUGACCUAGAUAACUUUUUCUAUACUGUUCCUGUUCAACCUUCUGUUGCUCCACCAUUUUUACCUCCUAUAUAUCAACCUCUUGUUGUACCUUUACCUCUACCACCACCUCUUAAUCCUCCUAAUCCUCUUGCCAAUAUGG